GCCCGGCUCAGGAAUCCAACUUGGAACGCACAGACAUACGCACGCACGCACGCACGCACGCAGAUACACUAGAAUUGAGUUGAGGAUGGUUGCCAUGGUGAGAGCCUUCCUUGGAGUGUGUGUGUACCUGUGCGCAUGUCGGGUCAGGACCUCUCAUGUGCCCCCAAGGAUGAACAAAACCAUUCAGAACCUACUGCAGCUCUAUAAGAUUCCGUUCAAAGAACGUUUUAACGGUAGACCCGUCUUCUCCAGAGAACUUUUGGGCACCAAGAUGGAGGCCCGGGACAUGCUAAUGUCGGCGGUGCUGCGGACGUACGAGGAACUGCUCGGAAACAUGUUGGAGCGGCUCUCGGACUCCGCGACGCCGACCCCCGGCGGCCCCGUGACAUCCGGCGCCGGGGACCGCGACCCCGCUCCCGGCGUGGAUGCCCGGGCCGAGCUGAGCUACCUCCUGAGGCGCGUGCAGGAUUUGAGGAAGUACCGAUACCAGGCCCAGGAGAAAUUACUUGAUGGACUCCACAAUCUCCGACACGUUCAGACGGACAACCUGGUGGUCCAGAGCAAAGCAUUGUGGGAGCUUCCUUGGCUGUACGAGGAAGCCAGCUCAUUGGCCGAGGGUGGCCGAGAGCGACGGCGCCGGAGGCAAACGAGCCGCCGCGUCGCUCGCAAACCGUGACCUCGUCCGUGGCCAAUCGUUGCGGACUUCGUAACAUAACACGCACGGUGCGUAACAUAACACGCACGGUGCGUCUCUAUUUAUAAUGUUAUUUUAAGCUGUAUUUGUCAUUAUUUAUGAGGUAUUUAUUAAAUUCAAGAUAAUAAAGA